CAAAGGUCAUGGCUGUAAACUAAUGCACGUCUACACACACUUUUUUUAGGUUACGAAAAAAAAAGGUUGCUGGAACAGAUCUCUUCGGUCGACAAGCAAUUGUUUGAGUAAUGGCUAAAAAGUAUGUUGAGACAGAGCGCAUUAAGCUGAAAAGUGGGCAUUUUAUACCGGUACUGGGGCUAGGAACAUGCGCGCCUUUGCAAGGAGAAGAUGAGAUCAUUGAAGCAGUAAAAGCUGCAGUCCGUGCUGGCUAUCGGCACAUUGAUUGUGCUGCCAUCUACAGGAAUGAAAGGGCUGUUGGGCAUGCUCUUAAGGAGCUCUUUGUUAUGGGAGUGGUAAAAAGGGAAGAUCUUUUUAUCACUAGUAAGUUAUGGAACACGUGUCACAAGCCAGAUCUAGUUCUUCCAAGCUUAAAGAAAACUCUAGAUGACCUUGGCCUAGAAUAUGUUGACUUAUAUCUUAUGCACUGGCCCAUGGCAUAUCAAGAAGGUGGUGUACUGAACCCUGUAGAUGAAAAUGGCAAAGCCAUCAGUUCAGAUGUAGACUAUUUGGAUACAUGGCAAGCUCUGGAGGACUGUCGAGAUAUGGGCAAAACACUGGACAUUGGAUUAAGCAACUUCAACAGCCAACAAAUUGAGAGAGUUUUACAGUCUGCAAGGAUACCACCAGUAGUAUUACAGAUUGAAGUCAACUGCCACAACACAAACACGAAGUUGAUUGAGUUUGCCAAAGAAAAAGGUUUAGUGGUUGUAGCUUUUGCUCCACUAGGAACACCCAGCCACAAACUAGAUCAUAUCAAGCUUAUAGAUGAACCUUUGUUGAAAGAACUUGGAGAAAAACAUGGCAAAACACCAGCCCAGAUUGCUAUAAGGUUUUUAAUUCAACAAGGUUUGGCCACAGUACCAAAAAGUGUCACACAAAACAGGAUUGAAGAGAAUACUAAGGUUUUUGACUUUAAGCUUAGUGAAGAAGAAAUGACACAGUUGAAUGGUUUAAAUAAAAAUUUCAGAGGCUAUUCUGAGAAAAUUGCAGUUGAUCAUAUCUACUAUCCAUUCAAUGUUGAAUUUUAAUUCAUUUGUACCUGACGUCAUUCCUCCAAUAUAACCUUUGACUGAAUUGAUUUUUUAAGUUUUUGCUUAGGCUUUGGCCUAAGUAAAACUGUUCUAUAAGUACAAACCAAAGUUAUUGCAGUUUUCUUGUGGUUAUUAACUCUUAAAAUAUUAACAACUCAUAGACUACAUUCAACGUUUUAAUCUUCUGUUAGAGAAACUUUAAGAUGUGCCUUAUUAACUUUUUAAAAAAACAAGUGGCUAAUUAUACAAGAGUAUUUUAUAUACACAUGUAAAAUACAUAAUCUUUGACACUGAACUAAGGUUGUGCUGUUGCCAGGAUUUUUAGUUUUGUAACAGUCAAUUUCAUAAGGCACAUUAAAAAAAAAAAGUGAAAAAUGUAUGUUUGAAAUUCAGAAUUAUUGCAUAGUUGAAUAAUAAUUAUGAUUAACCCAUUUUUUUACACAUGUUUUGGCUAUUAUUCUUAAACAGAGUUUUGGUAAUUUUAUUAAAAGUAUAUGAAAAAAGCACCUUUGCUUUUUAAUAUAUUCAAGUACUUACAUUCCUGCUAUGCAUGCAUACUGGGUACUUAAAUUUGAAAAAUCAUCACACUUUCUAGUUGUAGUUAAUCAAUUUUGAGUGAAAACUACUAUGCAAAUAUCUAGUCUUUUUCAUAUUAAUUGUUGUUCUGUUAUAUGAAGAUUUUGUUUACCCUUUUGUUGAAAAUCGUGCCAUGUUUUUAUAUAAAAUUAUAAUAAUAAUUCGGGUUGUUUCCAUUAAUGAUUGUUGUGUAUUUUCAAUAUUAUUUUGUUGCGCGACUGCUUAGUUAUAGCACACAUUCAUUUUCAAAUUUUCAGUAUUAGUAAACUAAUGCCAAAGUUUUAGUACAAAACUAUGCCAGGUCAUAAAAAUUAUGUUAUACAUUUAAAAGUUUCUGAUUUGAAAAUUUCCUGAAUGCUCUCUGAGCUAGUAAAGCAGGUAGUAUCAUCUGUAAAGUUGCCGAAUAUAUUUUUUAAAGAUAUUAUCAGUUAAGUCAGUUUAAGAAGAUCUGAUCAGUUGGUGUAUCAUACGGUGUCAACCCAGUAUUAGUAUGUUGCGGGUAGUUUAUAAGGUGUUUGUUAAAUUCUGAUAAUUACAAUGUCUUCUGUAAGCCUAUAUCAAUGUCAGUGGGUAGUUGCUUCUUGAUUACUAAAUUUAAUUAAUUUUAAUAUGUAAAUUAAAUAUGACAGGUGAUCAUCCUUUAACACUAACCAGAUACUUUUUGCAUUUUCUCUUUUUAAAAAGGGCUUAUUAAAUAUGAUAAAACAUUAUUUUACUUUCAUCAUUGCCCAUCAUGUACUGUUUUAAGAAUAUAAUCAUUUUAUUGUGAAUUAAGUAAAAAUGCUAUAAUCAGUGACAGAUAAUGGCUUACAAUGUAACAUAAAAUUUUUAUUCCCAGUGACUUAAACAUAGUAAUGAAAAUAUUUUAUUUAUAACACAAUAAAAUCUUCAAUACAAGUUUAAGGUGUGUGGAUAGCUGUAUAAUACUUGUAAAUACUAUACCUAUAUGCUUGCAUCCAGUUGCUUGUUUGCAGUUUUUAAAAUAGCUUAGAUUGUUUUAUCUGAAUGAAUAUUGGUUUAAUAUUUUUAAAUUUAGAAUGCUAUUCUUUUAUAUAUGCUUUGGUUUAACUUUGCUUGUUAUCAAUAAAUGAAAGUAAAAUAUAAUUCUACAAUUCAGGUUAUUGUUUUGAAUUUAAGUUAACGAUAAUAUAGUUACAGAAGCAGAUUUUUAAUUCUCAGAUAUUUCUUUGAUAUAAUUUAAUUGCAUUUUGAGUAUAAACAGAUAUUACCAAAACAGAAAAUAAAUUUUGAAAUUAUUAUAUAAAUCUUAGUUGAAUUGAUUACAGUUAAAGACCAUUUUAACACUAUGAUUUAAAAUUAUGUAAAUAUAAUUCUCCAUAAUUUGUCUUUUUGCUCUUUUAAACUGAUUCUUAAACUACAUCAAAUUUUGGUGAUUACACAUUUAAGCACAAGUUUAAAUAAUGUUCUUAGCAGUAUUAAAAGUAAAACCGCAGCCA